AUGUUCACGAGCGGGCCAGGUGUUUAUGAGAAGACAUAUUUAUGGUAUAAUUCAAAAGCUGUAUCGGUUGGCAAACUUUUCGAGGCAGUCGCUUGCCGUGUUGGUGGCCUUCCUGGUUUGAACCUCUUGCCAGACGAUAAACACGACGAAGUAAAAAUUGUUGGUGGAACCAACGAAGGAGCAGAACGAGUGGAACUUAGCACUUUGGCGAAGGUCGUGGGCGUGUUAUUGGCAGGAAGUGUUGCUGCAGAUCGUUUCAAGGUAGUAAUUUGGCCAUGA